AUCGAUCAAUAUUCUUCAUCUUCAUCAAACAACCAAACCCACAAAAAAAAAAAAAAAGAAAUUUUUUUACCCCUGGGUUUGAGAAGAAACCCAAGGCCUAAGUUUGAAAGAAACCCAAGGCCUGGGUUCUCGAAGGAACCCAAGCGCUUGGGUUCGAGACGGAACCUAGUUCUUGGGUUCCAUCAAACCCAGGUGUUGGGUUUGAUGGAACCUAGCGGCAGCUACUGGUUCAAUUUGCCCUCUGCUCUUCUAGGGUUCAAAAGGGAAGAAGGGGGAGAAGAUAGUGAAUUUGGGCAUAAGAGGAGUAUGGUUUUUGAUCCAUUCUCGAUGGUGGAUUUUGAUGGAUUUCUUGAUGGUGGUUCAUAGCUAGGCCGUCCCAACUGUUACGAGUGUUUUGCUUUGGUUGUUGAUUUACCGUAGUUUGAGCUAUGGUCUUCAGGGUGAUACUGAUUGUUUGAAGAGCAUAAAAGAUUCUCUAGAGGACCCUUCUUGGUUACUCGAUCCUACAUGGAACUUCAACAACAACAUUGAAGGGUUUAUUUGUAGAUUUACAGGUAUUGAAUGCUGGCACCUAGAUGAGAAUAAAGUUUUGAACAUUCA